AUGCGCGACUUUAUUGCGGAUCUGGAGCAUUUUCAGCGAGUGAAGACUCAAACCAUUAAGCCCUGGAGUGACAUCACGUCUCUGCUUGCGUCUCUUCCUCGCCUGCCUGCACUCACCGAACUCACCCUUGACAUUGGACAACUCUCAGUGCGCUCCGAAGAUUUCGGGCAGUUGUUAGUGCUUCGGACACUCGUGCUAAAUUUGAGAAGUCUCACAGCCUUACCUGAGUCCAUCGCCUUGGUUACCACUCUUCAAGACCUUUCCCUUGACUACCUUCGAGUUCUGACGCAUCUGCCCCAGGAGUUCGGCCAGUUGGUUGCUUUGGAGAAGCUGCGCAUGACAGACCUUGAACAGCUCACACACCUGCCCGAAACCUUUGGGCAGUUGACAGCUCUCCUGGAGCUGAAUAUAGUGGACUGUAGGCAGCUGCAGCAACUCCCGGACUCCCUAUCCCAGCUGUCUUCUCUUGAGCACUUGGAGAUUAACAGGUGCCAGAGCCUCACGGUGUUGCCAGACGACAUGGGAAAGGGUCUGCACUCCUUGCGCCAUUUAUUUCUACUGGACUGCACCGCCCUCACCCACCUCCCUCCAUCCUUCUCUGGCCUAACCUCGCUUGAAACCCUCAAGAUUGAACACGCGAAACGCUUCACUGGGGCGCUGUUAGACGGCUUUGGCUCCCUGAAUAGCCUCAAGAAGCUGUCGCUCGAUUCCAUGCCACGCCUAUCCUCCCUUCCUGCUUCCUUCUCGGGCGUUCUUUCCCUCACCAACCUGGAAGUGGGAUAUUGUCCCAAAGUAACGGUGUUUCCUGAGGGAAUCGGACGGCUACAGGUGCUCAAGGAGGUCAGGAUCUUUGGGAUGGACGGCCUGAAAUGCCUCCCUCCGGCACUCCUUGAGUUGCCCCAUCUGCGGGCGUUGGACGUGCAGGCAUGUAGUGGGUUAAGUGCGGUGCUAGGCGAUGAGAAGGUGGUUCGACGUACUGCCAGAGGCUUUGUGACCAGCACCAGCAGCACCAGCCGCAGCAGCAGCAGGGCGUUGCUUCCUUCAAUUCAGAACCUCAAGAUAAAAGAGAUCGAUGUUGAGUCUUUUGGUCCAUCCCUGGGUCGACUAUCCUCUCUGACGCAGCUGAAACUUUUGGAGAUGGACAAACUCGAGUCUCUCCCUGACUCCAUCGCUCACCUCUCACAGUUGCAAAGGCUUCGGGUUGAUACGGCUUUUUAUCUAAAAGCACUGCCCGAGACCCUUGGGGGGCUUGCAGGGCUGCGUGUCUUGCAGCUGGUUCGCUUGUACAUGAUGCGGCAGCUGCCCGAGUCUCUAGGGCAGCUGAAAAUGCUUGAGACGCUGGAUGUUAUUGACUGCUACAAGCUGAUGCAACUUCCAGUGUCCUCGUGA